UUGUGGGAAUCCAGAUACCUUGGAUCUCAUUCACCUUAUUCACUUAUUGAUACUCUUGUUUAUUUGAAUACCAAAAAUUUCUUGUUAACAACUGUUGAUGCUCAUCUUGGAUUAUCAUUCUCAAAUGUCAUGAAGCAAUGGAAAAAAAAUGCUGUGUCCACUGAUGGAAAGCCUGCUAGAACUGUCUAUCUAAAAUAUAAUCCAAUCACUGUUGAAAAAAAGAGCAAAAUUGAUCCUAAUUUACCAUAUGAACAGUUAGAAAAUAUUGAAAACCCCUUGAGAUGUCCUGUUAAAUUGUAUGAAUUCUAUCUUUCAAAAUGCCCAGAAUCAAUAAAGCAUAGAAACGACUUGUUUUAUUUGUUGCCUGAACCCUCUUGUGUUCCGGAAAGUCCAGUCUGGUUUUCAACGACUUCAAUUGAUCCUAAUGAUUUAGCCAUUAUGAUAAAUCGGGUCAAGAUUGUUCGUGAGGUUCAAGAAAGUUUAAUGAUGUUGAAUUCA